GUUAAAAAGGAAUUCUUGAAAAUGGUCAGAACCCUGAGACCCUCUCUCUCUAAACAGUAGAGAGAGAAAGUAGACCUGAGAAGAAACUCCCCCUCCCCCUUCUCUUUUGCCCAAAUCUUGAUCCUACAGGAUCUAGAUUGAAGGCUUAAGAGUUGGGGGAGGUCACUCCUUCCCUUUCAGCAUCCUAAAGAUUACUGUUCUUCUCUCACCUUUGUGGUGUUUUUGCUCCCUUUGUGGUUAUCUCUGGCUAUGUCCAGUUCUUCUUUGGCUUUGUUCAGAUCGGGAGGACCUUGUUCCACAUCUUUUAUUUUCUUUCUUUCUCUCUGUCAAUCAAUCCCACAUCUUUCCAGAUCAAUGUUUAUCCAACCCCAAAACAGUUCUUCCCUUUUCACUCCCAAACUCCAUGAAAGCUAUGGUGGCUGCGUUGAUAAAGUGCAACACACUUACCUAGGUGAGUAUGGGUGCUCACGCAUGGGUUCAUCACCCCCCAUUCUCCAUGGUUCUGGUUCUCGGUCCUCCUUCGGCAGCCACGAAGCUUUCUUGGUAUGGGUCUCUAUGGUGGAGGGUAUGGUGUUGUUUUGAGGGAUCUUAUCCCUUGGGUUGUUAGAUUUCAUAUGAUUUGUGUUCUGGAUUUUGAUUGGCAUCAAAUAUCCAGUACGGAUCGGAACUACUUAGUAGCUAGGUUUUCUGUAUUGGAUUGGGCUUAUUUUUAGGCCUUUGUUUCAAUUGUUUUACAAGGGUUAAUUUUCUUAUACUGGCUCUUGUUGAGCCUAGCUAGUGAGAAAUUUAUUGUCUGUUUGGGCAUAUUCAUCAGACUUAUUAGUAGGUACUAAGUUCAGCCUUUUGGGCUAGCUUAAUUGAUCCCCAUUUCCAAAAAAAAAGAAAAGAAAAAAAAAAAAAGGGAAGACUAAGAAAGUCAGAACCGUGUGGGCGCCCCAACCAGUGACCAAUAAUUGCGACUAGAGAAAGAAUUGUAAGCAUUUGGCCAAAUUGCUCUGCUAGAGUGCAACAACCAGUUGGUUUGCAAUGGUGUUGAACAAGCAAAGAUCCUUACCUAGUCCAUUAGCCGUAUCUAUUCCUGCAACUAAUCUAUGGACUUUCGAUGUCUUCUUGAGUUGCGACCAUGAAAACAUCUUCUCAUCCCACUUAUACCACAAGUUGCAGUCUCGACGUAUUUUUACUUUCUUUGGAAGAAACACAACUACCCCUCUGGAGCUCUUCGGUGCGAUCGAAGAAUCGAGGUUUGCAAUUGUUGUUCUCUCGCAAAACUAUGCUUCUUCACCCCAGCGCCUGAAUGAACUUACAAAAAUUCUCCAGUGCAUGAAAGAUAGGAACCGGAUUCUGCCCAUCUUUCAUGAUGUGAAUCUCUCCCAUGUGCAGAAGCAAAAGGAUAGUUUUGGGAAAGCCUUUGACGAGCACUUAAAAAGGUUUCACGAUGACUUGGCAAAGGUUGAAGCUUGGAGAGAUGCUUUAACCAAAGUGUGCAAUUUUGCUGGAUGGACUUCCAAUGACAGGAAUGAAGUAGAGGUUAUCGAAGAAAUUACGGAAGCACUGUGGAACAAACUACAUUUUAGACAAAGUCCAAAGGAAAAACUACAUCCUACAUACACAUUCUUAGAGUCCACACACUUGGUCGCAUUAGCUAGCAUUAGUUCCCCUCAGCAGAACCGUGACCAUGACAAGCCAAAGAAAAUUACGGAUGCAAUGGCUACUCCAGUGGAGUGGAUCUUUCUACUCACUAACCUUGGCCUAGAGAUUUUGUCAGCUGCUUUUGAUCAGGCUUCCUCCCCAAGUAAGCCACACUAUGCACUAUUUGGUGUGCUGUUUGCUAUUGCAGCUAUGUUUGUUUGCAUUUGGGAGCUCAUUCACAAGGGCAUCAAUGAAAAAGUAGUAUUGAAGAAGUUUGGAAAGCUAUGGUGGUAUUAUUAUCCAGACCCCCACGAAAGCACGCCUUUUGGUACCCUCCCUGACAUUUAUGGACUAAUUGCAGGAAUUUCUCAGUGUAUAUGCUCCAUAACUCAAUAUGUUUACUUCUCUUGGCAUGCUGAUAGUCCCAUAAAACUAUCCCUUUUACCUGCCAUCUUUCUUUUGUGUUUGGCCGGUUCAAGACUAAAUAGAAAUCGAAACCAUGGUCAGACUGUUGGACCUAAAUCCCUAGACAAAGACUAAUGUGAGAACAACUGAAGUGUAGAUAUGGGAAAGAAGUUACUGCUUAUCCAUGUGUUGUGGGUUUUAGUUUCUGUUUGUAGCCAAUCAGUGUUGAGCAACAAUAGCACUUUUUCACAGCUUGCAGAUAGGCUUCUGAUUA